CACCAGUUUCUCACGUUACAGUUCUAAAGCAAAUGAUGACUGUCUAGCUAACGCCAUUAGGAACAGCAAUAAUUGUGUGCAGUCAGAAUAAGAUACGACAUAUUUCAAGUCGUGCAUCAUCGUUAUUUAUUCUACGGAGACUGCAAAUACUGCAUGCUGCAUCCACUACAGAAUGCUGUACUGUACAGGAAGAAGACAAGAACCUUGGUCAUUAUGAAGCAGCCCAUUACCGGAUGAAUACCCCUCCUGAUCUACUGUAGUUUUUUUUCCUGCUACCUUUUCGCGAAGAUGGCCCCCCUCCUUCUCUUCAGGUUGCCACACUGAUCACCUCUGCUGCAACACACAAUGGAGAGGAAACGCAGAAAGAAAUGAAAACUCAAGCCAUGUGUUAUUCAGGCUUGUUAGAGUUCUGGACCUAAGCUUUUUUUAAAACUGCAAUUACCCUUUUAAGUUUGUUACCUUUGCGGACACAUGCAUCUCUGGACGGGAAAUGAGCAGAAACGGACCACAGGGACCAUGAGCAUACGGCUGUGUUUGCUUGUGGCCAUACUUGGGGGUCUUUUGCCUCUAGUGGGCACAGAGGAAGAGAGUGGACCUCUCUCCACUCCCUUUCCUCCCCUAAAUGCUGAUGCACUCUUGAGCCCAAACUGCUCGCAGCUCACACUCAAACUGGACUUUUCUACCAAAGUGGUCAGGCAUGAGUACAUUGUUGCAUUUAACGGUUACUUCACAGCCAAAGCUCGCAGUCAUUUCAUCAGCAGCGCCCUUCGAGAUGUGGAUGCGGUGAACUGGCGCAUCGUACGGCGGAACAAUCCUGCCAGCGAUUACCCCAGUGACUUUGAGGUGGUGGAGAUCCGGCAGGACAUCCGCAGCAGUCUGCUCAACCUGCAGGACCAUCCCUACAUCAAGAGAGUGACGCCACAGCGCAUGGUCCUCCGCAGCCUCAAAGUGACCGACUCAGGCACUGAUGGUGGAUCACCGUGCAAUGACACACGCUGGGUGCAGAAGUGGCAGUCGUGGCAGUCUUCAAGGCCACUCAGGAGAACCAGUCUAUCUCUGAGCUCUGGCUUCUGGCAUGCCACAGGCAGACACUCCAGUCGCCGUCUCCUACGGGCUAUCCCCAGACAUGUCGCUCAGAUACUGCAAGCAGAUGUGCUCUGGCAGAUGGGACACACUGGCUCUGGAGUGAAGGUAGCAGUAUUUGACACUGGGCUGAGUGAGAAGCACCCUCACUUUAAAAAUGUUAAGGAGAGAACCAACUGGACCAAUGAGAAAACACUGGAUGAUGGGUUGGGUCAUGGCACGUUUGUUGCUGGGGUUAUUGCCAGCAUGAGGGAGUGCCAGGGAUUUGCUCCAGAUUCUGAACUGCAUAUCUUUAGAGUUUUUACCAAUAACCAGGUGUCCUACACCUCCUGGUUCUUAGAUGCCUUCAACUACGCCAUCCUGAAGAAGAUAGACGUCUUAAACCUCAGUAUAGGGGGACCAGACUUCAUGGAUCAUCCUUUUGUUGAUAAGGUUUGGGAGCUCACAGCCAACAAAGUGAUUAUGGUGUCUGCUAUUGGCAAUGAUGGCCCAUUGUAUGGAACCCUGAACAAUCCAGCAGAUCAGAUGGAUGUUAUUGGUGUCGGAGGGAUUGAUUUUGAGGACAACAUUGCCAGGUUCUCAUCCCGGGGCAUGACAACAUGGGAGCUGCCAGGGGGCUAUGGCAGGGUGAAGCCUGACAUUGUGACGUAUGGCUCUGGGGUGCGUGGUUCAGGAUUGAAGGAGGGCUGUCGUUCUCUCUCUGGCACCAGUGUUGCAUCACCUGUGGUGGCUGGAGCUGUCACACUACUGGCCAGCACUGUGUUGAAUAGAGAGUUGGUAAACCCAGCCAGUAUGAAGCAGGCUCUGAUUGCAUCAGCCCGCAGGCUGCCGGGUGUCAACAUGUUUGAGCAGGGCCAUGGCAAACUCGACCUGCUCAGAGCCUACCAGAUCCUUAACAGCUAUAAGCCACAAGCUAGCCUGAGCCCCAGUUACAUAGAUCUGACCGAGUGCCCAUACAUGUGGCCCUACUGCUCUCAGCCCAUUUACUCCGGUGGCAUGCCAACUAUUGUCAAUGUGACCAUUCUUAAUGGUAUGGGUGUGACUGGCAGGAUUGUGGACAAGCCCAUCUGGCAGCCCUACCUGCCUCAGAAUGGGGAUUAUGUGGAUGUGGCAGUAUCUUACUCACCUGUGCUUUGGCCCUGGGCCGGAUACCUGGCUGUCUCCAUAUCUGUGGCCAAGAAAGCUGCAUCAUGGGAAGGCAUCGCUCAGGGUCAUCUCAUGGUUACUGUGGCCUCACCAGCAGAGAAUGAUUCAGCAGUGGGUGGUGAGAUGACAUCUACAGUGAAGUUACCGGUAAAGGUGAAGAUUGUCCCCACUCCCCCACGUAGUAAGAGGAUACUGUGGGAUCAAUACCAUAAUCUGCGCUACCCACCUGGUUACUUCCCUAGAGACAACCUUCGUAUGAAGAAUGAUCCACUUGACUGGAAUGGUGAUCAUAUUCACACCAACUUUAGAGACAUGUAUCAGCAUCUUCGAAGCAUGGGCUACUUUGUGGAGGUCUUGGGGGCACCAAUCACUUGCUUUGAUGCCAGUCAGUAUGGCACCCUGAUGAUGGUGGACAGUGAGGAAGAGUAUUUUCCAGAAGAGAUCACAAAGCUGAGGAGGGACAUAGAUAAUGGCCUAUCUCUCAUCAUCUUCAGUGACUGGUACAACACAUCAGUCAUGAGAAAAGUCAAGUUCUACGAUGAAAACACCAGGCAAUGGUGGAUGCCAGACACAGGGGGUGCUAAUGUGCCAGCCUUGAAUGACCUGAUCUCUGUGUGGGGUAUGGCUUUCAGUGAUGGCCUGUAUGAGGGAGACUUCACAAUGGCAGAUCAUGACAUGUAUUACGCCUCUGGUUGCAGUAUCGCUCGUUUUCCAGAGGAUGGAACUGUUAUCGCUCAGACCUUAAAGGAUCAAGGACUAGAGGUCUUGAAACAAGAGACGGUAGUGGUGGAAAAUGUGCCCGUGCUUGGACUGUACCAAACGCCAACAGAGGGGGGAGGUCGCAUAGCACUCUAUGGAGACUCCAACUGCAUCGAUGACAGUCACAGACAGAAAGACUGUUUUUGGCUGCUGGAUGCUCUGCUGCAAUACACAUCCUAUAGCAUGACUCCACCCAGCCUCACCCACUCUAAAAACAGAGUAGUGCCCCCUACAGGCUCAGACAGGUCGUUACCGCAGAGAUUGGAAGGUAAUCACCUCUAUCGUUACUCCAAAGUGCUAGAGGCACAUCUGGGUGACCCUAAGCCUCGUCCUCUACCUGCAUGCCCUCAUUUGUCUUGGGCUAAACCACAGCCACUUAAUGAGACUGCUCCUAGCAAUUUGUGGAAGCACCAGAAGCUACUGUCAGUGGACAUGGACAAGGUUGCUUUGCCUAAUGUGAGGCCGUAUCGACCUCAGGUUCGACCCCUGUCACCUGGUGAAAGUGGAGCCUGGGACAUCCCUGGAGGGAUAAUGCCAGGCCGCUAUAAUCAAGAGGUGGGCCAGACCAUCCCAGUGUUUGCGUUUCUUGGUGCCAUGGUUGUGCUUUCCUUCUUCGUGGUGCAAUUGACCAAAUCCAAGAGCAAGCCCAAGCGCAGGAAACCCAGAGUAAAACGGCCACUUUACCUUCAACAACAGCAACAACAAACUACCCACUCAGGCAGAAACCCCACAGUAUGAUCAGCCACACACCACACCUGAACAUGCCACAUCUGUACAUGGACAAAGAAACAAGGAAUUGACAUCCUUGAGGUGUGUGUGUGUGUGGCUGUGGUAAUGAGAUUUUUGACUCCGAUGGGCUGAGUAUGUGCUUGAGAUGAAGACUGCCACCUUUGCCCAGACAAGGGCCUUGUCUAAUGGACAUCAUCAUUCCCUCUCUUGUCGUUAUUCAACACAUGCCUUUCAAUUUAGUGACCAAAUGGAGAAAUGUUUCCUUAUUUAAUUUAUUAAUGAUGAUUGAUUGAGAAUUGACCCUUGCUUUGUAUGUCAAAUUGAACAACCAAAACCAGCCAUUCAGUUUCCUUGAUCAACAUAUUGGACUAUUUCCACAUGUCUUCAUUUUUAUAUUGUCAAAAUGUGUUUUUAUAAAAUAGGAGUGUGCUUGCAUCUUUUGUAAAUAGCCAUCAAGAUUUCUCUGUUGUUGGUGUGGAAAUAUCAUUUUAAAUAUAUCUUAUCCAAUAUAAAGCAGAAAACUUGCCUCUAGAAGCCCUUGGAUGACAUUCUUGUGUUAAGGGUAACAGUGGAAACUGACAGAAUAUACGGCUAUGGAAUGGUUCUGUUUAUUUUGCUACUUUCAAUGAUGAAUGAACCUAUUCCUUUGUUUGCUUUAGAUACAUGUGCAUAAGAUAAAUGAAGCUGUCAUUGUUUGACUGGGUGGCCCGCCAGUUUGCCUGAACACAAGGAGUAAAAUAUCAUCUCAGAACGCUCUUGGAUGAGAGCCAUGUUUGGCUUUGAUCCCUCCUUUUGUAGUUAUCUUUAUUAUGUGAAGUAGAAGCAUACAGUAUAUACAAGCUGUGAUAGUGCCUCAAAGUAUUUGGACACUCAAGCCUCACUUAAAAACCAUGCAAUGUCAUUGCAUUGCAGACAUGGCACAAGUUUAAGAUUUCACAAGAGAUUUUAAAUGAUAAAACUAGAUUUACAGUUUGAAAUGGAAUUUGGCAUUUUCUGGUUGUCAAACUCUGUGAAAUAUGUUGAUGGUCAAUGUGAUGCACUACACCUGUGGUUACUCCACUCUGAGGGGAGCUAACUUCAUUCAUCCACUAAAAUAACUAGAUAAAAGUACAAAAAUGACUGGGGAAAGUGAUGUUCUGAGAAAACCAUUUGUGUGCAGGUGCCACUGGGUUUGAUAUUUUACUAUUUACAGUAUGCAAUGAAAUUCAAAAAAUGUAAGUGUCCAAAAAUGUCUGAAUACUUUUUGGAGCCACAGUGUUCUCCUAGCAGUUAGUAAACCUCUUUGUUGAAAUUCUGUUGCAGAAAGUACACACAAAUAGCACAUUUGUAUCUUUGUCCACCACGUUUAAUUUCAUGCGGGAUGCUCUCCACAUGCAAGUAUGAGGACAGGCCCACCCAGUGCUUGACUUUAAAUCAGGUAACAAGAGUUAUUUACUCUCCCUCAAUUUUAGCAAUCUGCUGUAAGGUAAAAUCUGUUAACAGUCUGUCACAAACUUUCAAAUCAGCGAUGAAAGUCAUUUUAACUGCUUCGAAGUGCAAGGAAUGUAACAAAUAAAUCCAAUCUUCCAAGAAAUAAAGCAUUCUUAAGUGGACCCCUCAUAACCAUGGCCCCCCUGAAAUGUAAUGCUGGUUUAGACGGACAAAAGAAAUCCUCUUCAUUCUGUGUCUUUCUAUAUCCGAUCAACUGCUUGCCUAAGCAGUCUCGUAGUCGCCUAUGCUUUUGCCUCAGGCUAGUGUGAAAUCGACUAAUUUCAUUAGAGGUGAUAUUUACAGGGCAUACUCUUUAAAUCUCAGUCCUGAUCCAUUUUUAAUAGAAAGAAUAGCCUGUGAAAAUGUCACCGGUCUCUUUCAGACGGCGAACCUAGAUAGAGGUUAAUGACAUGAAAAACAUGGGAACUAACCCUGAGCAGUUGUCCGUGCAUAAAUGGAUUUCCCAAAUCUUGUCACAAAGAAGGUCACAUAUUCUACUUGUCCUACAUAUCUAAAGAGUUCCCAGCCUUUCUUAAUAUUGUCUCUGCCACUGGAACAGCCUCAAACAACCAGCUUUGGGCUCUGAUGUCCAGGGGAAUGACAGUGAGCCUGUAGCAACAGGCUCCACCAUACCCCCUUGAAACGCAUGCUGUUAAAUGUGGGAUGUCCUGCACACCCCAUAUGACUUAAAGACAAAUUACUUAACACUUUUUUGUGUUAUCUAUUAAAAUCAAAAACCAAUUGUCACAGCGUGAUGUUCAUGUGUUGGACAUGGUGGUCUGGCCGACUGUUCCCAACAACUUUUCACAAAAAGUAUCAUAUGAAAUUGAAACUCAUUGAUAAAAUAAAUCUAUUGAGAGUAAAUUUAAUUGCACUGAAAAGCUUAAUAGAUGAUACUGUACGUCAAUAACAACAAAAACAAUCACAGAUACAAAAAUUUAUGAUGUAUUACAUUGUUAAUACCAUGAAUAAAAUUUCAGAUAAAAGUUUAAUAAACAGUUUGAACGAGA